AUGGUCUUGUCUUUGAUCUUUUACUCUCCAAAACUUGAUGAAACCUGUUCUUGCGAGUGCAGGGAUUUACAUGAGCCGAUCAAGAUACCAGGAUGUGGGCCCGUCCAUGGAAUUGACCUUGUAGACGCUCUUCAUGACAGGAAAAGCGAGUCCUACAAGUGGGCUAUUCACACGACCAAGAGAUUUUCUCUUGCUUCUGGGAUCAUAGUCAACAGCUCCAUGGAUUUGGAACCAGUUGCUUUCGAUGCUUUGAAAGAAAAAACUUCCAUUAAUGUCGAUGAUGGGUCUGAGUGGUUGAGAUGGUUGGAAAAUCAGCCAAAUGGGUCAUUGUUGUUGGCGUCGUUUGGAAGUAGUGGGAAACUAUCAACUGAGCAGUUAAACGAGUUGGCGAAGGGAUUGAAAUUCAGUGGGCAGAGGUUUCUUUGGGUAGUGAGAAGCCCCCAUGAAAAAGCCUCAGAUAUCGGCUUUUACAGUGAAGAAAUAAGCUGCAUUGGCAAUGCCUAUGGUUUUUUGCCAAAAGGGUUUGCAGAGAGGACAAAAGGAGUCGGGCUUUUGCAAAAGAUGAACGCAGUGUUGGUGGCUGAUGAUCUGAAAGUGGAACUGAGAGUCAAAAUGAAUGAGAAAGGGCUAGUUGGGCACCAAGAUACUGCAAAGUAUGCAAGGGAAGUGAUUGAAGGAGAAGAAGGGGAAUUGAUUAGGAAGAGCAUUAAACAGCUCAAGGAAGCAGCAAGAUUGGGUGUGAGUGAUCAAGGGUCUUCUACAAAAUCUCUUGCAGAGGUUGCUCAAAUAUGGAACGCUACUUAA